AUGACAAAGCUAGAAAAAAAGCACACUUUGAAGAGGGAAGCAGCAAUUGAGAGAAUCCGCGAAUUGUAUGAAAAACUAGAUGAAAAAGACAGUGAAGAAAGUGAAAGAAGAAAACCUCCAAAUAUUUCGAACUUUCCAGUGUGGAAACGCAAGCAAGAUUCUUCUGAUAGCGAUUGCGACUCCUCCAGUACGAAAGAUUCUUCUGAUUGUGAGUCAUCAAGUUCAACAGAUGAAAUUAGGUCCUCAACAUCACGUUUACAUAAACAAUCAAACAGCAAACAUCAGAAACAUGAUUCAAGGCGACAAAAAAACGGAAAUCAUGCGACAGGGCAUAAAGCAACACUAAACUUACUUGAAAAGUUCGAGGAACAAUUUAAACGCCUUUUAAAAAAACUAAUACCAAGAGUCAAAGAAAGAAUACAUAUAAUAGAAAUGCUCAAAUACCACAAAAUUGAUCCAUGUCAAUCCCUCUCACCAUUACAAUUCUUUUAUAAAAGACUCUAUGAAUAUAAUAAAGCUAGAUACAUGGCGUGGAGGAAAAAGUUGGAGAUAAGAAAUUAUAUAUUAAGCCACAUGAAUCAUUUGGAUGCAGAAGCGAUAAUGCGUAAAUGCAACAUCCAACGAAAUAUUCCUUACGCCCUUCGUCGUGCCCAAAUGAAAAGAUGCAUAAAUGUUUACGCCUCUAUUAAGAAAAUAUUCAAAGUUGUAACAAAACUACCUCGGCCAAGUUUAAAUCCAGCUGAUGAAAUACUGUGGCUGUGUAAUAAAACAUCGCCACCUACGUCAUCAACAACACUAGAAAAAAAUAGCAAGGACGCAGAAACAACUGCAAAAAUUAUUACAACAGCUGAUGCUGACAAUUAUCCAUCGCCAAUAACAGAUAGCGAAAGUACAAAUCACACAAGUACUACAGAAUCAACAAGGCAUCGGGGAUCAAUCAAGGCACCUUCGUCCACAAUUACUAGCAAAGAAACAGAGAACACUACCACAAGCAGAAUAUCCCCCAUUUCAAGUGUUGUUGAAACCGCAACUGAAGCGACCAACACAAUACAAGGUCAUAUAACAACUACAAGCAGUAGCAGUAAGCCAUCGUCACUAACAACUAGCGAAACUACACGGCGGACACAUAGAAAAAGACUAACAACUAGCUCAGUGCCCAUUGAACAACCGUCACCUACAAUCACUAUUCACAGCAAAAAUAGAACCCCGUCCAGGGAAAGACCAAAAACCUGGAGCAGUGCUCUAACAACAAAUGCAGGAACUGCCACGAUAGAAGGCCAAACAGAGAGUAUAAUUAGUAACAUUAAGCCAUCAUUAGUAACUAACGACACUACAGAGCAAGUAAAUACAAACGGAUUUAGAAAUACCUCACGGCCCAUUGACCAAACGUUAUCUAAGACCACCAUUCGGAACAAAAAUACCACACACUUAAACGAAAAACGUACCACUUGGAAUAGUGUCGGAACCACAGCUACAGGAAUUUCCAAAAUAGGAGGUCUGAAAGAAACUAUAAUUAGUAACAGUAAGCCAUCAUUAAUAACAACUGUUAAAACGAUAGUGAACAUAUCAAGUGAACACGCGCCAACAGCAAAUACUAUUCAAGAAAGAAUAACCACCCUGCCGAAGGAAAGACCUGUCCCUUGGAGCAGUGCGCAUAAUACAACUAAAAAACCUGCCACAGCAGCGAGAAAAGAAGAGGUGAUCAUCAGUGGAACUAAACCAUUAUUAGGAACAACUGUUAAAACGAUAGUGAACAGACCAAGUGAACACACGCCAACAGCAAAUAUUAUUCAAGAAAGAAUAACCACCCUGUCGAAGGAGAGACCUGUCGCUAGGAGCAGCGCUUAUACUACAACUAAAACACCUGCCACAGCAGUGAGGAAAGAAGAGGUUAUAAUCGGUGGCAGUAAGCCACGAUUAGUAACAACUAUUAAAACGACAGUGAACAGACCAAAUGAACACACGCGAACAGUAAAUAUUAUUCAGGAAAGAAUAACCACCCUGUCGAAGGAAAGACCUGCCGCUUGGAGCAGUGCGCAUAAUACAACUAAACGACCUGCCACGGCAGCGAUGAAAGAAGAGGUUAUCAUCAGUGGAACUAAACCAUUAUUAGGAACAACUGUUAACACGAUAGUGAACAGACCAAGUGAACACACGCCAACAGCAAAUAUUAUUCGGGAAAAAAUAACCACCCUGUCGAAGGAACGACCUGUCGCUUGGAGCAGUGCGCAUAAUACAACUAAAAGACCUGCCGCAGUAGCGAGGAAAGAAGAAGUUACAAUCAGUGGCAGUAAGACACCAUUAGUAACACCUGUUAAAACGAUAGUGAACAGACCAAAUGAACACACGCCAAUACCAAAUGUUAUUCAGGAAAGAAUAACCACCCUGUCGAAAGAAAGACCUGUUGCUUGGAGCAGCGCUCAUACUACAACUAAAACACCAGCCACAGCAGUGAGGAAAGAAGAGGUUAUAAUCGGUGGCAGUAAGCCACCAUUAGUAGCAACUGUUAAAACGACAGUGAACAGACCAAAUGAACACACGCGAACAGCAAAUAUUAUUCAGGAAAGAAUAACCACCCUGUCGAAGGAAAGACCUGCCGCUUGGAGCAGUGCUCAUAGUACAACUAAAAGACCUGCCACAAUUGCGAGGAAAGAAGAGGUUAUCCUCAGUGGAACGAAUCCAUUAUUAGGAACAACUGUUAAAACGAUAGUGAACAGACCAAGUGAACACAUGCCAACAGCAAAUAUUAUUCAGGAAAGAAUAACCACCCUUGCAAAAGAAAGGCCAGUUGUUUGGAGCAGCGCCCAUACUACAACUAAAAGACCUGCCACAGCAGUGAAGAAAGAAGAGGUUAUAAUCGAUGGCAGUAAGCCACCAUUAGUAACAACUGUUAACACGAUAGUGAACAGACCAAGUGAACACACGCCAAUACCAAAUAUUAUUCAGGAAAGAAUAACCACACUGUCGAAGGAAAGACCUGUCGCUUGGAGCAGUGCUCAUAGUAUAACUAAAAGACCUGCCACAAUGGCGAGGAAAGAAGAGGUUAUAAUCAGUGGCAGUGAACCACCAUUAGUAACACCUGUUAAAACGAUAGUGAACAGACCAAAAGAACACACGCCAACAGCAAAUAUUAUUCAGGAAAGAAUAACCACACUGUCAAAGGAAAAACCUGUCGCUUGGAGCAGUGCUCAUAGUACAACUAAAACAUCUGCCACAAUUGCCAGGAAAGAAGAGGUUGUCCUCAGUAGAACUAAACCAUUAUUAGGAACAACUGUUAAAACGAUAGUGAACAGACCAGAUGAACACACGCCAAAAGCAAAUAUUAUUCAGGAAAGAAUAACCACACUGUCGAAGGAAAGACCUGUCGCUUGGAGCAGUGCUCAUAGUACAACUAAAAGACCUGCCACAAUGGCGAGGAAAGAAGAGGUUAUAAUCAGUGGCAGCGAACCACCAUUAGUAACUCCUGUUAAAACGAUAGUGAACAGACCAAAAGAACACAAGCCAACAGCAAAUAUUAUUCAGGAAAGAAUAACCACACUGUCAAAGGAAAAACCUGUCGCUUGGAGCAGUGCUCAUAGUACAACUAAAACAUCUGCCACAAUUGCCAGGAAAGAAGAGGUUGUCCUCAGUGGAACUAAACCAGUAUUAGGAACAACUGUUAAAACGAUAGUGAACAGACCAAGUGAACACAAGACAACAGCAAAUAUUAUUCAGGAAAGAAUAACCACACUGUCGAAGGAAAGACCUGUCGCUUGGAGCAGUGCUCAUAGUAUAACUAAAAGACCUGCCACAAUGGCGAGGAAAGAAGAGGUUAUAAUCAGUGGCAGUGAACCACCUUUAGUAACACCUGUUAAAACGAUAGUGAACAGACCAAAAGAACACACGCCAACAGCAAAUAUUAUUCAGGAAAGAAUAACCACACUGUCAGAGGAAAAACCUGUCGCCUGGAGCAGUGUUCAUAGUACAACUAAAAGAUCUGCCUCAAUUGCCAGGAAAGAAGAGGUUGUCCUCAGUGGAACUAAACCAUUAUUUGGAACAACUGUUAAAACGAUAGUGAACAGACCAAGUGAACACAUGCCAACAGCAAAUAUUAUUCAGGAAAGAAUAACCACACUGUCGAAGGAAAGACCUGUCGCUUGGAGCAGUGCUCAUAGUAUAACUAAAAGACCUGCCACAAUGGCGAGGAAAGAAGAGGUUAUAAUCAGUGGCAGUGAACCACCGUUAGUAACACCUGUUAAAACGAUAGUGAACAGACCAGAUGAACACACGCCAACAGCAAAUAUUAUUCAGGAAAGAAUAACCACGCUGUCGAAGGAAAGACCUGUCGCUUGGAGCAGUGCUCAUAGUAUAACUAAAAGACCUGCCACAAUGGCGAGGAAAGAAGAGGUUAUAAUCAGUGGCAGUGAACCACCAUUAGUAACACAUGUUAAAACGAUAGUGAACAGACCAGACGAACACACGCCAACAGCAAAUAUUAUUCAUGAAAGAAUAUCCACGCUGUCGAAGGAAAGACCUGUCGCUUGGAGCAGUGCUCAUAGUAUAACUAAAAGACCUGCCACAAUGGCGAGGAAAGAAGAGGUUAUAAUCAGUGGCAGUGAACCACCAUUAGUAACACCUGUUAAAACGAUAGUGAACAGACCAAAAGAACACACGCCAGCAGCAAAUAUUAUUCAGGAAAGAAUAACCACACUGUCAGAGGAAAAACCUGUCGCUUGGAGCAGUGCUCAUAGUACAACUAAAAGAUCUGCCACAAUUGCCAGGAAAGAAGAGGUUGUCCUCAGUGGAACUAAACCAUUAUUAGGAACAACUGUUAAAACGAUAGUGAACAGACCAAGUGAACACAUGCCAACAGCAAAUAUUAUUCAGGAAAGAAUAACCACCCUGUCGAAAGAAAGACCAGUUGCUUGGAGCAGCGCUCAUACUACAACUAAAAGACCUGCCACAGUAGCGAGGAAAGAAGAAGUUAUAAUCAGUCGCAGUAAGACACCACUAGUAACAUCUGUUAAAACGAUAGUGAACAGACCAGAUGAACACACGCCAAAAGCAAAUAUUAUUCAGGAAAGAAUAACCACACUGUCGAAGGAAAGACCUGUCGCUUGGAGCAGUGCUCAUAGUACAACUAAAAGACCUGCCACAAUGGCGAGGAAAGAAGAGGUUAUAAUCAGUGGCAGCGAACCACCAUUAGUAACUCCUGUUAAAACGAUAGUGAACAGACCAGAUGAACACACGCCAACAGCAAAUAUUAUUCAGGAAAGAAUAACCACACUGUCAGAGGAAAAACCUGUCGCUUGGAGCAGUGCUCAUAGUACAACUAAAAGAUCUGCCACAAUUGCCAGGAAAGAAGAGGUUGUCCUCAGUGCAACUAAACCAUUAUUAGGAACAACUGUUAAAACGAUAGUGAACAGACCAAGUGAACACAUGCCAACAUCAAAUAUUAUUCAGGAUAGAAUAACCACCCUGUCGAAAGAAAGACCAGUUGCUUGGACCAGCGCUCAUACUACAACUAAAAGACCUGCCACAGAAGCGAGGAAAGAAGAAGUUAUAAUCAGUGGCAGUAAGACACCAUUAGUAACACCUGUUAAAACGAUAGUGAACAGACCAAAUGAACACACGCCAACAGCAAAUAUUAUUCAGGAAAGAAUAACCACACUGUCGAAGGAAAGACCUGUCGCUUGGAGCAGUGCUCAUAGUACAACUAAAAGACCUGCCACAAUGGCGAGGAAAGAAGAGGUUAUAAUCAGUGGCAGCGAACCACCAUUAGUAACUCCUGUUAAAACGAUAGUGAACAGACCAGAUGAACACACGCCAACAGCAAAUAUUAUUCAGGAAAGAAUAACCACACUGUCAGAGGAAAAACCUGUCGCUUGGAGCAGUGCUCAUAGUACAACUAAAAGAUCUGCCACAAUUGCCAGGAAAGAAGAGGUUGUCCUCAGUGCAACUAAACCAUUAUUAGGAACAACUGUUAAAACGAUAGUGAACAGACCAAGUGAACACAUGCCAACAUCAAAUAUUAUUCAGGAUAGAAUAACCACCCUGUCGAAAGAAAGACCAGUUGCUUGGACCAGCGCUCAUACUACAACUAAAAGACCUGCCACAGAAGCGAGGAAAGAAGAAGUUAUAAUCAGUGGCAGUAAGACACCAUUAGUAACACCUGUUAAAACGAUAGUGAACAGACCAAAUGAACACACGCCAACAGCAAAUAUUAUUCAGGAAAGAAUAACCACACUGUCGAAGGAAAGACCUGUCGCUUGGAGUAGUGCUCAUAGUACAACUAAAAGACCUGCCACAAUGGCGAGGAAGGAAGAGGUUAUAAUCAGUCGCAGUGAACCACCAUUAGUAACACCUGUUAAAACGAUAGUGAACAGACCAGACGAACACACGCCAACAGCAAAUAUUAUUCAUGAAAGAAUAACCACGCUGUCGAAGGAAAGACCUGUCGCUUGGAGCAGUGCUCAUAGUAUAACUAAAAGACCUGCCACAAUGGCGAGGAAAGAAGAGGUUAUAAUCAGUGGCAGUGAACCAUCAUUAGUAACACCUGUUAAAACGAUAGUGAACAGACCAAAUGAACACACGCCAACAGCAAAUAUUAUUCAGGAAAGAAUAACCACACUGUCGAAGGAAAGACCUGUCGCUUGGAGCAGUGCUCAUAGUACAACUAAAAGACCUGCCACAAUGGCGAGGAAAGAAGAGGUUAUAAUCAGUGGCAGUAAGCCAUUAUUAGGAACAACUGUUAAAACGAUAGUGAAUAGACCAAGUGAACAUACGCCAACAGCAAAUAUUAUUCAGGAAAGAAUAUCCACCCUAUCGAAAGAAACACCUGGUGCUUGGAGCAGCGCUCAUACUACAACUAAAAGACCUGCCUCAGUAGCGAAGAAAGAAGACGUUAUAAUCAGUGGUAGUGAGCCACCAUUAGUAACGACUGUUAAAACGAUAGUGAACAGACCAAAUGAACACACGCCAGCAGCAAAUAUUAUUCAGGAAGGAAUAACCACCCUGUCGAAGAACAGACCAGUCGCUUGGAGCAGCGCUCAUACUGCAACUAAAAAACCUGCCACAGUAGCUCGGAAUGAAGAGAUUAUAAUUAGUGGGAGUAAGCCACCAUUAGUAACGACUGUUAGACCGAUAGUGAACAGACCAAAUGAACACACGCCAACAGCAAAUAUUAUUCAGGAAAGUAUAUCCACCCUGUCGAAGGAAAGACCUGUCGCUUGGAGCAGUGCCCAUACUACAACUAAUAGACCUGCCACAGUAGCGAAGAAUGAAGAGGUUAUAAUCAGUGGCAGUAAGCCAUCAUUACUACCAACUGCUAAAGCAAUAGUGCACUCAAGUACAGGCCGAUCAACCAGUACUCCAAAACCAGUUUACCACACAUCACCUGGAAACAUUGUUCAGGAAUGGAUACGGAGCCUGUCGAGGGAAAAACCUGCCGCUUGGAGCAGUGCUGAUACAGCAACUAAAAGACCUGCCACAGAAGCGAGUAAAGAAGAAGUUGUAAUCAGUGGCAGUAAACCAUUGCUACUACCAACUGUUAAAACGUCAAUGCAUACAAGUACAGUCGGAUCAACCAAUAGCCCAGGACCAAGUGAACAUACGUCAUCUGCUAAUAUUAUUGAGGAAGGAAUAAACACCCUGUCGCGGGAAAGACCAACUGCUUGGUACAGUGCUGAUACGGCAACUAAAAGACCUGCCACAGUAUCGAGGAAAGAAGAGGUUAUAAUCAAUGGCAGUAAGCCACCAUCAGUAACAACUGUUACAACGAUAGUGAACAGACCAAAUGAACACACGCCAACAGCAAAUAUUAUUCAGAAAAGCAUAUCCACCCUGUCGAAAGAAAGACCUGCCGCUUGGAGCAAUGCACAUAAUACAGCUAAGAGACCUGUCACAGCAGCGAGGAAAGAAGAGGUUAUCAUUAGUGGCACUAAACCAUCAUUAGGGACAACUGUUAAAACGAUAGUGAACAGACCAAGUGAACACACGUCAACAGCAAAUAUUAUUCAGAAAGGAAUAACCACCCUGUCGUGGGAAAGACCUACUGCUUGGAUCAAAGCUGAUACCAUAAGUGAAGGGACUGCCAAAACAGCGAGGGAGAAUGAGCCUAUAAUCAUUGGCAGUAAUCAAUCAUUGGUAACAAUUGUUGAAGCGAAUGGACAUACAAGUGGAGGAAGCUCAGCGAGUAAUUCAGAAUCAGCUGAGCAACUGUCAACCGGAACUACUACUCACGAAAGAAUAAGCAGGCUCUGGAGCCGUGGACCCACCACACGGGGCAGUCCUGAUAUUACUGAUGAAGUAACUACCAUAACAGGGGGGCAUAAAAAGAUCAUAAUCAGUAGCAGUAAGCCAUCAUUCGCAUCAACAAUUGAAGGAAUAGGACAUACCAGCACAGAAAGAUCAACAAGUAGUUCAAGGCAAAGUGAACAGACGUCAUCGGGGAUUACCAUUCAUGACAGAAUAAGCACCCUGUCGAAAGAAAGACCUACUACUUGGAGCAAAGCUAAUACUACAGGUGAUGGUACUGCCAGAACAGCGAGGCAGAGGGAGGCUAUAAUCAGUGGCAGUAGGUCGUCAUCAGUAAAAAUUGUUGAAACGAUUGGGCAUACAAGUACAGAAAGACCGACGAGUCGUUCUGAACCAACUGAACAAACGUCACCCGGAUCGACUAUUUAUGACAGAAUUAACACCAUUUCGAGCAGAACUCCCACCAUUUGGAGCAGUGCUAAUACUACAACUGAAGAAACUGUUACAGCCGCGAAACACAGAGAAACUAUAAUCAGUAACAGUAAGCCAUCAUUAGGAACAAUUAUUGAAACGAUUGUGCAUACAGAUACAGAUACACCGACAAGUGAGCCAACUGAACAAACGUCAUCCGGAACAAUUAUUUAUGACAGAAUUAACACCAUUUCGAGCGGAACACCCAUCAGUUGGAGCGGUGCUGAUACUACAAUUGAAGGAACUGUCACCACAGUGGGGCACUGA